AUGGGCCUCCACCGACAUGUCAGUGGAAGUCUGAAGCAGACCAAUAAAAGACACAAGGGCGGGAGGAAAACAUCUGUGUCCUCUAACUUAGGCAAUAAAUUGGGGGUUUCGAAGAGGAAACUUUCGAAAACAGCCAGAAGGCUGUUAGCUAAACAGCAGCGGCUGCGCAAGACUAAAGAGAUUUCUUUGGUCCAAAAUCAAACAGGAGUACCAAUAACAUGUCUAUUGCUGCCGCUAUGCAGCGGGAUCGAUUUGUCACUAGCGAAAGUGAUGCUUGCUAAAGGUGAUCCAAAAUCCACUAAACACGAAGUACCUGGUUUCAACUCAUUGAAGAACUCGCAAAAGCCAGAUUAUUUUUAUGCUCCUACUAUUAAAAAGUCGUUCUGUUUCGUUUGUGGGAAUUACGGAAGUUUCUUCGGGUGCCUUGAUCUUGCACGCAUCGCCGACUGGAUUAUAUUUAUUCUUCCAGGAGAUAUGUCAAGAAUCGACUCUAAAUUCUACUCGGAACUGAUGCUAGCGCUCUAUUCGCAAGGACUUCCAGCCUCAAUUUUCGUUGUCAUGUCGAAUAUUUCGGACAGAAAAGAGCUUCUUUCCACGGUUCAAACAAAAUUUUCAGUCAGCGAUGGCAAAGUGCGUGUUUUGAAUUCGAUUGGUGAUGCCCAAAGUCUCCUUCGUUUUCUCUCGCACUCACAGAGGAAGCCGGCGCUUUCGUCUGCUAACAGCUAUAUGUCAACAAAAAGUGCACUGACUGUUGGGACUGCUGCUACUCGUCUCCGUAGCGGGAUGCUGGUGGAGGGGAUUAGCGUUAUGCCGCAUGAAGAAAAUGAGGAUGAAGUCUACUUGCGUUUAGAAGGAUUGCUUCGUGGGUGGAAUCUUCCACUCUUUGAUCUUGUAACAUCAUUCGUUGACCAACGGCGCACAGGCUGUCCAUAUAUGCACGUAACCGGAUGGGGUGAUUUUCCACUAAGAUCGGCUACUUGGACUGAAUAUAAGCCCUGUAUGAAGUCCUUCCAGCCGCCUCCCAAGUCUUUCUGCUGGAAGGCCACAACGGAACCGGACAGAUGUUUGGAUGAUGCACUCAGCACUGCAUGGAAUAACUUGCAGUUGAGUGAUGACGAGGAUUACAUUGAUUUUGACGAAUCUGAUAAGGACGAGGAUCAGAUGAUAGUCGAUAGUGAUGAUGAUCGUGAUAGUGAUGAUGAGGAGGCGGAGGCGGAAGUAAAGGCUGAAUGCACCACAUCAGGGUCCGACAGCGAGUCAAUUUACUUUGAUGCCAUUGAUAGUAAGGCUCCAUCAAGUAAAGUGGUCUCCUUCAAGACUGAGUCGGCUGUCUCCGCGACUUCUGCUCCCAAGGGCAAAACGCUGGCUGAAAAAAUCAAGGCGGCCAGAAUUGAACUUCAGUUUCCUGAUGAGGUUGAAACACCUUUUGAUGUACCUGCAAGAGAGCGUUUUGCAAAAUACAAGGGUUUACCCAGUUUCAGUAAGUGCACGUGGCCAACAACUAAUGACACUUCUCUGCCUUAUGAAUACGGCAAAAUAUUCAGAUUUGAAAACUAUGCCCACAAUCGCAGAACUCUGUUUAAGUACACGUUGAAAUUAUUGAGACAGCUCGCUGGGGAGUUGAGCACCGAGCCUACAUCCAUUCCCUCGGGAUCUGUUGCAAGUCUUACCCUGGGUCCUGUGCCUCAAGCCCUUGGGAGGGCGAUAAUGAGUCUUCACACAGAUCACAAUCACUCCCGGCCCCUUACUGUGUGGUCCUUACUGCCUUACGAACGGUGUAUGUCAGUAAUACAUUUAACCAUGCAUAAACGUCAAACAGAAAUCGAAUCUCCAAUGGACGAAGAUGCUAAAGGUGGUAAUUUUGAUCCUGACCCCAUCAUGGCGAAGGAACCUAUGCUAUUCCAACGUCCUUCAACGUAUAUGGGUAGAUUCCGACCUUGUAGUUCCCAGUCCGAAGUCAAAAUUGACGUUCAUAUUGCCUUGGCACAGGUGGGAAUCCGGCGCUUCACAGCUUCGCCCAUCUAUUCGCAGACCAGCAAAACAGCUAACACAAACUCCAAAGUGGAGCGUUUCUUCACCCUCAGCUCCUCACCCGUCGUCGCCACCAUGUACGCACCAGUCACCUACGCCCCGCAAACCGUCCUCCAGUUCCGUAUCGAAUCCGUUCAGACUAAUCCCAAAGUUGUAGUGGGUCGUUUGGUAGCCACUGGCUCUGUUCUCUCCGUUGACCCCACAAGGGCCAUUAUCAAGCGCAUCCUCCUCUCGGGCCAUCCCUACAAAAUUAACAGCCGUUCAGUCGUCGUGCGCUACAUGUUUCAUACACCAGAAGAUGUUGAAUACUUUAAGCCCAUCCAACUGCACACAAAGUCCGGAGCCGUGGGUCACAUUAAACAGUCGGUAGGCACACAUGGCCUGAUGAAGUGUAUCUUCGACCGUCAGCUCGACGCUUCUGACGUUGUUCUCAUGCCACUCUACAAGCGCGUCUUCCCAAAAAUGGACUUCGAUCCUCAAGUAACGCUGAAGGUGGAAGAGGCCGAUCCAGCUGAUAGGUUUGAAGCCACUUUAACUGCACAACCCGUGGUGAGCAUACUUAAGUCCAAGGAGCGUCAGGAAGAGGAUGCGUUUGUACAUGAUGUGUUGACCUCCGAUGAAGAAACCUUAUUUGCUUGA